UUAGCAUUGAUUUGAACAAUUUCAAAUUCGUCGCGUUUCUUCAUUUAUUUAAUAUUUUUAUACUGCAACGAGCACAAACUGCGUGACGUUUGAAAAUUGUGACAAUUUGGUUCGUAUAACCUUCACGUCGAAAGGAAUAUAUUUAGAUUUAAAUAAAAAAAUAUAAACGCGUCCCGAUUCCGCGUCUGAUUUCUCGAAAUCUAACUUGAGAAAAGUUUCGUAUACGUGAGCCGUAUACAAUUAUAGUUGAGCAACAGAAAUAUAAGAGCGAUUAAGAUUAUUCGGAUAAGGCUGCCAUGUUUUUGCCCCACCGUCUUGUUAGAGUGAACGUGCAAUUCAUAAGAAGCGUGGCUUAUAUCAAUUCGGCUAGUAACUACGCUGCUUCCAUUCGGGUGUUAUCGUCGAAAGUUUCCCAUCAGCCGUUCAACAAUUCGACACUUCUCCUCGCCAGGACGUUCAGCAUUUCCUCCGUAGCAAUGACGAAAAUACAGGCCGGAGCUGUCGUCGAUAUCUUAGGCGAUGAAAUGACAAGGGUAAUUUGGGAAUCAAUCAAAGAGAAACUUAUUUUACCACAUUUGGACAUUGAACUUCAUACUUAUGACUUAGGUAUUGAAAACCGGGACGCCACUAAUGAUAAAGUAACUGUAGAAUGCGCAGAGGCCAUUAAGAAGUACAAUGUAGGAAUCAAAUGUGCCACUAUUACUCCAGAUGAAAAUAGAGUAAAAGAAUUUAAUUUGAAACAAAUGUGGAAAAGCCCAAAUGGCACUAUCAGAAACAUCUUGGGUGGCACAGUUUUCCGAGAGCCCAUUAUCUGUAAAAACAUACCAAGAUUAGUGCAGAGUUGGACCAAACCAAUUAUCAUUGGCAGACAUGCUCACGCAGAUCAAUAUAAAGCCAUAGACUUUAUAGUACCUGGGCCAGGUAAACUUGAAAUCGCAUGGACUGGUGAUAACGGAGAGAAAAUUCAACAUACUGUUCACAGCUUUAAAGGACCUGGGAUUGCACAAGCUCAGUACAAUACAGAUGAAAGUAUUUUAGCUUUUGCUCAUAGUUCUCUCCAAUUUGCUCUGUCAAGAGAGUAUCCUUUGUAUCUUUCCACAAAAAAUACUAUUCUCAAGCAAUACGAUGGUAGAUUUAAGAAUAUUUUCCAAGAAGUGUAUGAUAAGGAAUACAAAGACAAGUUUGAAGCUAAGAAAAUUUGGUAUGAACAUCGCUUGAUAGAUGACAUGGUAGCAUAUGCGAUGAAGAGCGAGGGUGGCUUUGUAUGGGCUUGCAAGAAUUAUGAUGGAGAUGUUCAAUCCGAUUCUGUAGCACAAGGCUAUGGAUCUCUAGGUCUAAUGACUUCAGUUUUAAUUUGCCCAGACGGACGUACUAUAGAAGCAGAAGCUGCUCAUGGUACAGUUACAAGACACUACCGUCAGUAUCAGCAAGGGAACGAAACUUCAACAAAUCCCAUUGCUUCUAUAUUUGCGUGGACAAGAGGUCUACUUCAUCGUGCAAAAUUGGAUAAUAAUCAAGAUCUCAAAAAGUUCGCAGAAACGUUAGAGUCUGUCUGUAUUAGUACCAUUGAAUCAGGCUUCAUGACAAAGGAUUUAGCAGCUUGUAUCAAAGGCCUGAGUAAUGUUGUUAGAUCUGAUUAUUUAGAAACAUUCGAGUUUAUGGACAAGUUAGCAGAAAAUUUGCAGAAGCAAUUAAAAUGACUAUAUCAUGAUUUUUCUAAUAAAAUGUCAAAGUAUUAAUUUUAGACAGAAGAAAAAAGCAUUACUAUUGGUUACGGGGAAAGAAAUUGCAUUUACUUACACAUGUUAAAUAGAAUACAGUGACAUGAAUGAAAAUAGGAUUAAUAUAUUGUAAUAAUGAUUUUUAUAAAAAUAUAUUCAUCAUACAUG